GGCAGAGAGGUGCGCACACUUUGGCUGCGGCUGGCCUGCAUGAGACACACAAAAACACACACCUAGACAAAUGCUGCCUGCAAAGCAAGCUCCUUGCCUCCUGCCUUGUGCUAUUAUCCUCUGGCAUUUGCUUGCAGCUCGAGCCUCUGUCCGAAUUUACUAUAUUGGGAUUGUGGAAGAGAACUGGGAUUAUGCGCCCUCUGAGAAGAACCUGAUCACAGGACAAAAUCUCCUUCAGGAUGAAGAAGCAGCAGUGUAUGUGAAGAGAGAUGCCAACAGAAUAGGCCGUAUUUAUAAAAAGGCAAUUUUCAGACAAUUCACAGAUGAGACGUACUCUCAGGAGAUCCCCAAAACACCUUGGUUGGGCUUUCUUGGUCCAGUGCUGAAAGCUGAAGAAAGAGAUACUUUUGUUAUUCAUUUAAAGAACUUUGCUUCACGGCCUUAUUCUGUACAUCCACAUGGAGUCUUCUAUGGCAAAGACUCUGAAGGAGCCCUUUACCGUGAUGGAACAGGUGGCAAAAGCAAAGAAGAUGAUUUUGUUCUCCCUGGGACUAAUUACACAUAUACAUGGCCAGUUACAGAUGAGUUUGCACCAGCCCUGACAGAUCCACCGUGUCUGACUUGGAUUUACCAUUCACACAUUGACACACCAAAAGACAUCAGCACUGGGUUAAUUGGACCAUUGCUGGUUUGUAAGAAAGGAUUAUUAGACAAUAACUUAGAGUCAGUGACCCAUGACACCAAAGGCUUUGCUCUGAUGUUCAGCAUUGUGGAUGAAAAUCUCAGUUGGUAUCUGGAUGAGAAUAUAAACACCUUCUGCUUAGAUCCCAGCACGGUUGAUAAAGAUGACAAAGAUUUCCAGUUCAGCAACAAGAUGCACGCAAUUAAUGGCUAUAUAUUUGGAAACCUCCCUGGCUUGGAGAUGUGUGCUGGUGAACAGGUGUCCUGGCAUUUAUUCGGAAUGGGUACUGAAACAGAUGUUCACUCUGUGCAGUUCUUUGGUCACACUUUCAUUGAGAGAGGACACAGGGCAGAUGUCGCCAGCCUCUUUCCAGCCACCUUCAUCACAGCAGAAAUGAUAGCAGAGAAUGUUGGGAAGUGGCUUGUGACCUGUCAAGUCAUCCAUCAUAUAGACGCUGGUAUGAUGGGAUUGUUCAACAUCAAGGCCUGCAACCACAACAUUACAAGGCCUUCAGAGAGUGGACAGGAAAGAAGAUAUUUCAUUGCUGCUGAAAGAAUUCUGUGGGAUUAUGGACCUGGUGGCAUUGAUAAAUUCACCGGGCAGGCUUUAAAUGCUACUGGAAGUGACUCAGAACCUUUCUUCAGACAAGGAGAAGAUCGAAUAGGAGGGAGAUAUUGGAAAGUUCACUAUGUAGCCUACACCGACAGAAGGUUUUCCAAAAAGGAGAGACUUGAAGAUGCUGCUCACCUUGGCAUACUUGGCCCAGUUAUCAAAGCUGAAGUUGGAGAUACAAUUUUGAUUACGUUUGCUAAUAAAGCAGACAAGAACCACAGCAUGAUGCCUCAUGGUGUAGCUUUCAACAAGUCGUCAGAAGGAGCGUCUUAUGUGGAUGGGUAUGAGAAGCAUGGAGCCCAUGUUAAACCUGGUGACGUCUUUGAAUACAAAUGGAGAGUUCCUGAAAGUGUUGGCCCAACAGACAGUGAUCCACCUUGUCUCACCUACCUAUACUAUUCAGCAACUGAUCCAGUGAUGGACACCCAAUCUGGUCUUGUGGGACCUCUAAUAAUCUGUAAAAAGGAUUCUCUGGAACCUGAUGGAUCACAGAAAGGGAUAGACAAAGAAUUCUAUUUGCUCUUUGCAAUUAUGGAUGAGAAUCUGAGUUUCUAUCUUGACACAAACAUUGAGGCAUUUACUGGUGAUCCCUCAAUAGUUAAUAAGGAAGAUGAGGAUUUCCAAGAAUCCAACACAAUGCAUGCUGUCAAUGGUUACCUGUAUGGUACCAUGCCCAGCCUCAAAAUGUGCAAGGAUGACAAGGUUUCUUGGCAUAUGAUUGGAUUAGGCACCGAAACCAACAUGCAUGGUGUUCAUUUUCAAGGAAAUACCAUCCAUUUGGGUGGAAGAAUAAGGGACACACUUGCCUUGUUCCCUCACACUUCAGCAACAGCGCUGAUGCAGCCAGACCAAGUAGGGACUUUCCAACUGGUUUGCACAACAUUUGAUCAUUUUACUGGUGGGAUGAAGCAGAUGUAUGAAGUCAGGUCCUGUAAGAAGAGGUUGCAGGACGAGAAGUACUAUGGAACUAUGAGAACCUAUUACAUUGCUGCUGAAGAAAUGGAGUGGGACUAUGCUCCUGAGAAGAACUGGACACAGAAGAAGGUGGAGAGAAUGGACAAAGAGGAGAGUUACGGACAUGUAUUUCUGAGUCAAGGUGAAGAUCUCAUAGGGUCAAAGUACAAGAAGGUGGUUUAUAGAGAAUACAAAAAUGGAGAGUUCACAGAGCAGAAAAUGAGGACAGCAAAGGAGCAACACCUUCAAAUUCUAGGGCCGUUGGUCCAUGCUGAAGUGGGUGACUCAAUACUAAUUGUAUUUAAGAACAAGGCUAGUAGGCCUUAUUCUGUAUCAGCACAUGGUGUAGAAGAAGGAACUGGAAAUAAAGCACGCAUCACUAUGCCAGGUGAUAUAAGCACAUACCGGUGGAAUGUCCCAGCCAGGUCAGGCCCUGGUGUCUCUGAUCCUAAUUGUAUCACCUGGGUUUACUACUCAACAGUGGAUUUCGUAAAGGAUAUGUACAGCGGUUUGAUUGGACCACUUAUAAUUUGCAGAAAGGGAAUAUUGAAUGAAAAGGGUUUAAGGACAGAUGUUGAUCGUGAAUUUGCUCUUCUUUUUCUGGUCUUUAAUGAAAAUGAAUCCUGGUACCUGAAUGAAAACAUUGGGAAAUAUCUGCAUAAGGAUCCUAAAGAAUUCAGUUACACUGAUGACUUCAUGGAAGGAAACAACAUGCAUGCAAUCAAUGGGAAAAUCUAUGACAAUCUCCAUGGCUUAACAAUGAACGAAGGAGAAAACACAAACUGGUACCUGAUAGGAAUGGGAAAUGAAAUUGACCUCCAUACUGUCCAUUUCCAUGGAGAGAGCUUUCUCUUCAAGAUGGAUCAUGAUCACAGAGGAGAUGUGUAUGACCUCUUCCCUGGGACUUUUCAGACUGUUGAACUUGUAGCAUUUAAUCCUGGCACGUGGCUUCUCCAUUGCCAUGUCCAUGACCACAUUCAUGCUGGGAUGGAGACAACCUACACCAUCUUCAAGUCAGAUGAUGUAGGAAAUGGAGCCACAACCAGAGUGUAUGAUGGUUUUACUAUCAAUGGCAAGACUCCAAAAGGAGGUAAUGACAGAGCAGGAAUAGACUUCUUUGGGAAAAAGCUACAAGUUGGAGAAGCAAGCUGGGUUCUCAAAGCUCUUUUUCUCAUUGGACUUGUGCUUCUGAUGGUUCUCUUGGUCCUUAUAUGCAUUCUGGUCUCCCAGAGGAAAAGAGUCCAUUACAGUUACAUUGGUCGGAAAUGUGAUCUUCCAAUGGUAUCCCUCUAAUAUAUCUGCAAUGGGGACUGAUAUAUGUGGUAUACAAUUACCAAUGCUAAAAUGAAAGAUUAUUAGGAAUGUUUAUUGUUGGGAUAAAAUUAUAGUGGCUCAUUCAGCUGAUUUGAUGGACAUCUGCCCAUUGAUAUAUUUCAAAGCAGCCCCCAAAACAUCUAGAAAAGGAGUGGGCAAAGAUCAGGUCAAUGGCCUCCUGAGGCCCUCAAUACUUUCUAGUCUUCUGCAUCCUUUAGCCCCCACAUUUCUAAAAAAAAUAUAAAAAUGUUAAAUUACAUUUUAAAUGUUAAAUGGAGGGAAAGUUUUUAAAUUAAAAAAACAAACAAAAUAUUGUGGAUGUUAAAAGCAUGCAGACAUACCCGCAAAGCUUUGUAAAAUAGAUAUUAAAUGAGAAAAAAGUUUUAAACUUUAAAAUACUUUUUAAUUGAAAAGGCCCAGGAGACCUUCUUGGGGAUUUGGGGGGUAAUUUCACAAUGUUUUGAGGGUGACCCCAAGUGAGACCUUUUUCCAAUUUCAAAGUGACCUCUGGUUUUGAAGUCUCUACUGGGUUUUUGUCUCUUCUGGGCCCAAAACAAGCUACCAUCACUCUAAUUUCCUCAGGAAAAGGGUACCAAAAAUGCAACCUACAAUAUUACAGGCAGAAUUCGGACUUCUCUUACCUCAACAUAGAACUGUUAGGAGCUUUCUUCAGGUUCGACUUAAUUGCCUAUUUAUUUAGGACUACAUAAGAAUGCAUUGAUCUAUGUUUUGUCUCAUUUAUUGGAUGACGUGACAGGUUUACGUCACUGUGUGAUUACGGGUAGCAUAUUGGACUUGGAUCAAGGAGUUUGCUCUCUUGCGGCUUAAAAUAUACUGGAUGACUCAGGAAACCUAUUCUCUCAGUCUUUGUACAUAUAAUGUCCAUAGUUUCUCAGACAAGGCACUGAAUACAAAUGUGUAGUGAAGAUAUUAUGUUCUAGCUAGAUUACAGAAGGAGCAGAGUAUAGUUAUUUCUUAUUUUAAUUUAAUGACUCUGUCAAUUAUUUUAAUCAAUUUUGUUUAUUAAAAUAUUCAUAGCUCAGACACAAUAAGAAGCCAUGGUUUGUUAUUUGUUACAAGCAUGAGCCUGUACAAACUUCAAGCCUUCUUUUCUUGUCCUCCUUUGAGCAACUGAAGAAUCUCAAAGCUUUUAAUUUCAUUUUUGAACUAACCACAAUUCCUUCAACAUCCAAACUCUUAGCUGUGGCAUGUUCUGGCUCAUUAGUUUAUAAACAAACAAAUGAACAAGCAAAUCAGGAUCUAGAACCACAGUGUGAUUAUGAUUUGUACUAUUAUCAAUCAAUCAAUCAGUCUUUAUUAAUGCUUAAGCCAAAGGCCAUUCGCAUGAUAAAAUAUAAAACCAAUAACAGCAAUUCAGAAUUAUAAAAUAUUCCGAUUUGUACUAUUAAAAAUUAGAACCACAGUGCCUCCAGUUUUGAAGUAAUAGAAAACUGUGGUUAGUUCAAAGGUGAAAUCAGGAGGUUUUAGUCUUCUUCUGAUGAAUAUAAAGCAGGAAGAGAUGGAAGCACCUGAAUCUGAUCUCAUGUAGACUCACUUUUGUAAUGAUAAGCCAUGAUUUACAACUAAACUGAACCAUUGUUGAAAAAUGUGUACAUUUUAGUGAUGUGAAUGUUUUCUGCAUCUGUUUCCAUUUUUGUAAGUUGCCUUGAGUUGUAGGGCAGGAAAAAGGUGGAAAAUAAAUAAAUAAUAGUAAAUAUAAUAGUAAUAAUAUAGUAGCAGUAAUAGGAAGAUCAUACAUGGCAUUAUGACUGAAGACAGAUAAUAGGUGUUUGAGUGUUGAAGGUGGUAUAGGAGCAACAUUAUUACAUUUGGUAUAUACCUUGAUAUAUGUCCUGCUUCACCCAUGGCUUGUUUUAUAAACCUGGGUAUCCUUCUGAACCUCUUGAAGUCUAACUACCAGAACAUUAUGCCAAAAAAAGGAGAAACUUCUGUUUGUGGAAGCACCAAGCAGUAUCAGUAUUGUGUCCCAAGCUCUUUGUUUUGCCUCUCAAAAUGUUCUUCCUCCUUUUUAUAAAGCAUUAAUUAAGCUUCUGGCCAUUUUGGUUGUUUGGUUGCAUUUGGGGGAGUUCUGGGGUUGAAGGAAUCUGUUGUUGUUGUUGGUACAACAAUAUUAUAUUUACAACAACAUUAUAUUUACUUAUAUCCUGCCUUUCUCCCCAAUUUAGGAUUCAAGACAGCUUGCAACACUUAAAACAAAACACAAUUAAAAAUUAACAGCAUGCAAAAGUUAUAA